UUAGGGUUUGCUUUCAGUGGACUGUGUAUAUAAACCCUCGUUCGCUCACUCUUUCAGUCUCAUAGCAUAUCCCCACUCUCAGAACAAGCACUCUUAAAUCGUCAACGGAAAAAAUGGAGCAAACUUUCAUCAUGAUCAAGCCUGAUGGGGUUCAAAGAGGCCUGGUUGGUGACAUCAUUAGCAGGUUUGAGAAGAAGGGCUUCUAUUUGAAAGGUUUGAAGUUCAUCAAUGUGGAUCGUCCUUUUGCUGAGAAACACUAUGAGGACUUGUCUGCAAAGCCCUUUUUCAGUGGAUUGGUUGAUUAUAUUAUUUCUGGUCCCGUUGUUGCUAUGAUUUGGGAGGGUAAGAAUGUUGUCCUAACUGGCCGAAAGAUUAUUGGUGCCACCAACCCAGCAGAAUCCGCCCCUGGAACCAUCCGUGGUGAUUAUGCAAUUGAGAUUGGCAGGAAUAUCAUUCAUGGAAGUGACUCAGCAGAGAGUGCAAGGAAAGAGAUUGCUCUGUGGUUCCCUGAUGGCCCUGCUAACUGGCAGAGCAGCGUUCACCACUGGAUCUAUGAGUAAACCAUGCUCGAUUAGUCUGCCGCUUGCUGUCCAGCAUCCUAUUUGCUUUUGGACUAGUCUUUUAAUGAAGUUUUUAAGUUUUGCCAUUUGUUUGGGUCUGGUGAUUCCUAUUGCCUUGGAGCAUUGGAUAUGCCAGAGAGAUUAAGCUUAUUGUAGUGCAGCUAAGAACCAUUGGGUGUGUUAUGUACCCUUUGAAAUGAAGUUUCAAGUUAAGUAGUAAUGAAACCUUUGUCGCUUGUUGAAUUCUAACAGCUAAUAACCUUUGGGUGUGUUAUGAACGUUUGUCACUUGUUGAAUUCUGU